UGAGAAAGAACUAGUCCAAACCCUAACUCCGCCGCCGGCGUGCCUUAGCUUCCAAUUCGAAAGAGUUCCUCACCUUCGCUGAUGGAAAAUUGGAGCUUCUUUCUAUUCAGUGCCACCAACUUCGGACAAUAAAGAAACCGAUAGUAAAGUGGAGAACUUGCCGUUGUUCGAUAAUGGAAGCCUCGAGUUUUUGAUCAUGUUAAUCAAUUGAACUGAAGUUUAUGAACUUUUUGAUGUUCCUUCUCAGUAUGCAUGCCUAGGUUUAAGCUAUUUGGGUAUGAUCGAGUCUUAAGAACUGUUUUCUUCUAGCUGGUUGUGUGAUUGCUAGGGCCCAAGGGCAUAAUGAUUUUUACUCAAUGUCUAGUUACACUUGGCUUACUGUGUAUUCAUUAUACAAUUAGCGGAAAGGGUCCAAUGGCAAUGCAGAAGAGGGUGAAAGCACUUCAUCAACUGCAGCAAUUAUUGUCCAGAUCUGAGUUCUGUCCUGUUGAAGCUGCUCUUAAAGCGGAAGCUAACCCUUACUUGUUCAGUGUCCUUCAUUGGGCUCUUCAGAUGAACAGUUUCUUGAGGCAGCCUGGUGUCUUACAAAUGUUGCAGUUGGAAAACCAGAAGAGACAAAAGCAUGUUGCCUGCAUUACCUUUGGUUGUUGCUCAACUUGGAGAAAAAAGUUCCCUCACUGUUUCCGAGCAGUGUGUGUGGCAUUAGGAAAUGUAGCUGAUGAAGGAGAGGAGUUGAGAUAUGUUUUGCUGUCUCAAGGGGCCUUACCACCGCUUGCAAGAAUGAUGCUGCUGAACAAAAAUUCAACUGUGAGAACAGCUGCUUGGACAUUUUCAAACCUUACCAAGGGACCAGAUCCUAAAGCUGCAACAGAACUCAUCAGUGUUGAGGGAGUACUAGAUGCAAUUCUCCAGCACUUUAGAAAAUUGUUAGUGAAGAUUUGAAACUAGCUAAAAUGAAUUCUGGUUAUUACUGAUUCUAAAGGCUUUUUGGACUGCAAAUUCUGAACAUUCUUAUACACACCAUGUGCAGGAAGGAUAUGGUUUGUAAAGGUUUCUAUCAUUGAUUCUGCUCUUUCAGCCAAACAGCAUAACUGCAUCUGGCUAACCUAUCACCUAUGUAGGACUCCAUUUCUAGAUGCACGAGCCUAUGAAAUGAAUGGCUCAGAAAGCAUAUUCUUUAGUUUAUGGAAGAUGAUUAUUAUUGAUCUAGAAGUUAGGUUUUUAAGAUUAUGACUAUCCUCUUUGCCAAGUCGUUUGCCUUGUUAAUUGUGAUUUUUUUGGCCCUUGCUUUAAUAUAAUUUUUUUUUUCUA